UUUGGUGGAAUGCCAUCUGGUCACACUGGGUAUCUUUCACAAAUAAAACGCUAAGACCGGGCCUUAAAUUACUCAAAUUAAAGUCUUAACAGAAAAAAAACUUACUAACUGGUGCAUUAUCCAAACGGAAUUGUCAAAAUCGAGAAAAAAUAAACUUUGAUAGAAAGACAGGCGCAUAAAACCCACAUCAGCAGUCUCGGACUUCAAAUAAGCAAACGGCAGAGUAAGAAAAAAAGAGAGAACAUCAUGUCCCACACAAUCCUAUUGGUGCAGCCGGGCGUUCGUCCGGAAACGCGCACCUACUGCGAUUACGAGAGCGUAAACGAGUGCAUGGAGGGCGUCUGCAAGAUCUACGAGGAACAUCUGAAGCGUCGCAAUCCAAAUACACCAACAAUCACCUACGAUAUCAGUCAAUUGUUUGAUUUCAUUGACACACUGAUGGACAUUAGCUGCAUGGUGUAUCAGAAGAGCACCAACACCUAUGCCCCAUAUAACAAAGACUGGAUCAAGGAGAAGAUCUAUGUGCUGCUGCGUCAGGCGGCCUUUAGCCCCAAUGCCUAGGAUACCAAAAUAAUAAUAAUAAUAAUAACGUAAUCAACCAGCAGUUAAACUAAGAGACACAAUUUAACUUAACGGAAGACGAUGAACACACCAGCCGUAUGAGGAAGCCUUGGAGCAAAUGGAAGACACAACAUCCCCCAGAGUCCUGCUGCUGACGACACCAACAAAACACAAAGAGAAGAUGCAACUGUUUAACUUAGAAAUGGAAAACCCUACUUUACAAGUACUAAUAUAAUGUAUAUAUACACUCAAUUGACGACCAUGUGUUUUAAAUGAAUAGUUGUGUUCGUUAUUGUACUUCUGGUUAAUAAUACUCUGGCUCCAAAAAACCAAUUUGGGUUGAAAACACUGCAAAUAUUGUCCCAUCUGCUUCCUAUGCUAAUUUUUGUUUGUAGUCUUGGAUAAUAAAAACAAGAAUGUUCUGUAACAUUUAGGUAUACCUAAA